AUGGAUGAUCUUUAUGGUUUCAAUAAGCUUUGCGGUCAACGUAUUAUUAUGUGCUCAAUGCGGAUGGUUGGAUCCUAUAUUAUUAGCAUUGCCGCUCUACAACUUUUUCUCAAUUAUUCGCGUUUGAAAACAUCUUUAGAUCUCGGGUAUCAAUUGUUGUUCAUUGUAAUGCGGUUAACUGGAUUUACAUUUUCGAAAUUAUGUUUGAAGAUAUUUGAAGGAGAUAAAUUGACCAUGAAAUUACUUACGCAUAAUUUUCUAUCAUCGGUCUUUCUAAAAGGGGUCACAGAAGGCUAUCCAUUGAUUUUGUCAGCGACAAGGAAAGAAAUAAAGCAAUACGAAUACAAUGAUUCCUUUUUACAACGGAUAAUUCCAAAGCUGAACUAUGAUGCCUUCCGAGAAGCAGCGCUAAGCAUAGGUGAAGGUGAUAAAUUGCCGGAGCAAUUACCGGAGAAAUUAGAAGAUGAAUUGAAAAAUGAAAUGCAUCGUUUGUUGGUGUGUGUAGAAGUUAUCGAAGGCGAAUUAAAGUGUCCUGAAAGUGGACGGGUUUUUCCAAUUCGCGAAGGCAUACCAAAUAUGCUUACAAGCGCAAAUGAGAUCAAGUAA